AGGAAGCCGAGGUGGCGCUCAGUCUGGCGUCCCUGGAGGCGGGUGUGGUUGUUUUGCCCGUCCGUGGCUACCCUUACCGGACUCUGUAAGCCAGGCUGGCGGCGAAUGGAAUCGAGGACUCGCGGGGAGGCAGGAUGCUUCCAGCUGUGCUGCCCCGAAAGCGACGACGAAAUGAAGAACACGGAGGAGAAAAGCGACAUGAACAUUGCAGCUCAUUGUUGGAAGCGAACAACUCAACGCAAGGUAGAGGAUGACGAUGCGCUUCCCCUGAAUGUGUCUGCGUUCAUAGAAAAGGAAGUGGGAAGUGACCUGAUAUUUAAGAAACUUGGCAAACGCAUAGAACAGAUGACAGAAAAUAAAAUGAAGUUACAAGAACAGGUACUUGCAAUUUCGUCAGAAAUCCCUAAAAGAAUUCAAAGUGCUUUAAAAGAUGCAGAAGUAUCCAGACACGUUCUUAGUCAGUUUCUGGAGCAGGAAACUCCUCUCCUCAGCUCCAUCACCAGCCAUUUGCUGACUGCACAGCCCUGGGUGGAUGACAUUCAGUGCAUGAUCAGCCAGAUAGAAGAGAUCGAGCAGCAUCUCACGUACCUUAAGUGGGUUUCCCAGAUCGAAGAGCUCAGUGAUAACAUCCAGCAGUACCUGAUGACCACCGUGCCAGAGGCGGCCUCUGUCCUGGUGGCCAUGACAGAAGUCGACAUCAAGCUUCGGGAGUCAUCUUGUACUCAUCUUCUUAGUUUUGUGAGAGCAACAGUUAAAUUCUGGCAUAAAAUUCUCAAGGACAAGCUUACCAGUGAUUUUGAGGAAAUUUUAGCACAGCUUCAUUGGCCGUUCAUCACACACACCCAGUCCUCAGACUGUUGGCGGAAGCCGCCCGCUGGUGCGCCUGAGGUGUAUGGUAACUGGAGACCCCUGUUCUGUCAACUUUUGAAACUACAAGCCUCAGAUGAAUUAUUAACUGAGCCAAAACAACUCCCAGAAAAAUAUUCUCUUCCUGCAUGCCCUUCUGUGAUCCUGCCCAUCCAGAUCAUGCUGACUCCCCUUCAGAAGAGAUUCAAGUACCACUUCAGAGGAAGCCGACAGACGAAUGUGAUCAGCAAGCCUGAAUUGUACUUGACUCAGUACUUAUAUGGAUCGGAAACCAUGCUCACUUUUCUGGAUGAGAAGAUUCAGCCAAUAUUGGGAAUAAAGACAUGCUCUGUAGUAAAUGCAGGCUUGAGUUUUCCCGGGCUUGUGAUGCUUGUUCUUGAGAAGCUGGCUUCCGAUAUAGCCUUGCCGCUCUACGAUUACAACCUCUUCUGCCAUUUGGUGGAUGAGGUGUUGUUGUUCGAGAGGGAGCUGCACAGUGUUCAUGGCUAUCCUAGCACCUUUGCCAGCUGUAUGCAUAUUCUGUCAGAAAGACCUGUUUUUCAGAGAUGGUUGACUGUGGAGAGAAAAUUUGCUCUUCAAAAAAUGGACUCAAUGCUUUCAUCAGAGGCUGCUUGGGUAUCUCAAUACAAAGACAUCACUGAUGUGGAUGAAAUGAAGGUUCCAGACUGUGCAGAAGUUUUUAUGACUUUACUUUUGGUUAUAACUGAUAGGUAUAAAAACCUUCCCAACAGCUUCCCGAAAGCUACAGUUCCUGGAAUACAGAAAGAUCUAGUCGAUGAUUUUAGGAUACGAUUAACGCAGGUCAUGAAAGAAGAGACCAGAGCUUCACUUGACUUUCGGUACUGUGCAAUUCUUAAUGCUGUGAACUACAUCUCAACAGUGCUGGCAGAUUGGAAUUCUAUCUCAGGAUGCCCCAGCACCAUGGUAAUAACGUAUCCUAAUAGAUGUGUGCUUCAGUUCUUUCUGCAGCUUCAGCAGGCCGUGCUGGAGGUCUUUGCAGAGAAUAACGCCCUCAGCAAGCUGCAGCUGGGCCAGCUGGCCUCCAUGGAGAGCUCUGUCUUCGAUGACAUGAUUAAUCUCUUGGAGCGCUUAAAGCUUGAUAUGUUGACUCGCCAAGUGGACCACGUUUUUAGAGAAGUGAAAGAUGCCGCCAAGUUGUACAAGAAGGAAAGAUGGUUGUCCCUGCCGUCUCAGUCUGAACAGGCAGUGAUGUCCCUGUCCAGCUCAGCCUGCCCACUCUUGCUGACCUUGCGGGAUCAUCUGCUUCAGCUGGAGCAGCAGCUUUGUUUCUCCUUAUUCCGGAUUUUCUGGCAGAUCCUCGUAGAGAAGCUGGACACAUACAUCUAUCAGGAGAUUAUCCUUGCUAAUCAUUUCAACGAAGGAGGAGCAGCCCAGUUGCAGUUCGAUAUGACACGGAAUCUUUUCCCUUUGUUUUCUCACUAUUGCAAGAGACCAGAAAACUACUUUAAACAUGUAAAAGAAGCCUGCAUUGUUCUGAAUUUGAACAUUGGUUCUGCAUUACUCCUGAAAGAUGUCCUGCAGUCAGCUUCCGAGCACGUUCCUGCCACAGCAGCCUUAAAUGAAGUUGGAAUUUACAAACUGGCUCAGCAAGAUGUUGAGAUUUUGCUCAAUUUGAGGACAAAUUGGCCUAACACUGGAAAAUAAUGUGUCUUUAAGAAAAGGGCUAUCGAACAAAGAAAACAGUUGGAUUGAGGUUGUCUGCUAAAAGUUCUGAAAUAAUGAAACUGGACAAAUGAAAACUUGGUAGAAUCAUUUAUUUUCUUGAGGUAUGAUGUCACCAAAGCAAUGAUAUGUUUCCUCCGUCCUCCUGCUCCUAAGAAAACAAAGAACAGAAAACUCAGCUAUGAGAAGCAGAGUAAUUACAAAUUAGAAUUACAGAUAGGAAUGCAGACAUCUGAAGACAGUGUAAGAGCAAAGGCCAGCCAUAACUGACCUCCACUUUGCUAAUCAAGGGAAACUAUUGUAGAAAACCGAACGCACCAGGACAUUGUAGAAAUACUAAGUUACGAUUGUAUGUUGAUAAUUGAGGUUCCUGUAUCCAGGUUGGGAUACUAUGACUGGCCAGUGAGCUUUUCCCAGUGCUGGGGUUACAGACAUGUUUGAUUGUGCCCGGCUUUUAUGUGUAAGAAUUUAAACUGAGGUCAUUAUAGUUGUUCAACAAGCCCUUUGCCAGCUGAGCCAUCUCCCUGACUGGAGACAACAAUUUUAGCUUUUGUUUUUCCUUUUAACAUUUGCUUGGUCUUGGUCUAUGUUUUCUGUGUAGGACUAGAGAUCAUACUCUGAGCCUUGCUCAUUCAAGACAAGUCCUCCACCAACAUCUUCAGUCUAAGCAAUGAUCCCUUGAUUAUAUAUCCUCAGAGAGUAAAGUUUUUACACAAAUUGAGCUUAAUUAACCAGAAGAUUUCUGCACCUAUAAAAUUUUAUUCUGGUUUUCUUCCCUAAUUACUAAGUAAGAUGACUUUUAUUUAGUACUCUCAGUGCUGUAAUAUCUCAGCCUAAAACUGUUGUACUGUGGACUCAG